GAUCUGCGGCUUUGUAAGUUUAUGCUUUUAUUCGCGUGAACAGAAAAGAUAAACUUAAAGUAAUGCUGUAUCCAUAGGCGAUAUUCCUUUUCCAUUUUCAGAGUUCGUACACGUAGAACGAGUGAAAAAUGCUUUUAUAGAAAAAAUGUCUCAUUCAUUUGUUUUUGCUUUUUAUAAUGAAGUGUAACAAUUUUAUCUCAAUGACACCAGCAACGUGGGUCACUAUGCAGGACGAUCUCAUUUUUGUUUUGUUACAUGAAAAGUGAACUUUACCUUAAUAUGUGAAACAAUUUUGAAAAUUCAUAUGGUCGUAAAGAUGGCUGAAGGACCUAAAGAAAGUCCCUCAAGCGUCACCUUGGAGGCUGUUCAUUGUGACACCUCCCCAGGAAGCGACGGAAACCAAGAGAACAAAGCAGACAACGCCGAGGAAGUUUACAUCGCCGCCAAGGAAACCGAAGGAUAUAAUGGGUGUGAGACAGCGUCCUCCAGGGACGAUUCCUUUGUGUCCUGUAGCACUAAGAGUGACUCCGACGCCUCUCAGACCGAGCAGAAUUUGGAGAAAACGGGUGACAGCUGCUGUGACCAAAGCUCAGAGCAAUCACCUUUGACGCCUGGAGAUGCCGGAACAGCAGGUGGACUGAAUGAGGACAUUCACUUUGACGUAGACCCAUGUGUCGAUUUACCCUCAACAUUUGGGGAAAAUGAACAUUUUAUACACCAAGUUUCUUCUGAUGAAGCGACACAUACGUUGCCUUUCAACCUACCCGACCGAGGUGUGUUUUACGAGGAGCUGGACAGUCUAGCCCAGAGGAGGCUGAUAGACUUCUGCUCCUCGGUAGCCAGUUUUCCAUCCGAGUGCGACUCCCUGCAGAGUUCCACACUGACUGAUGACAUUGGACACGGGACGGAACCCCCUACGCUAUGUCUCUACGACAUCAUGUGCGACAUUCAGGAACAGGCUCGCAUCGACGAGCCUCCUGCCCCACCAACACCUGCGGGCGCACCUCAAGUGCAAAGCUGCCCCGCAGUUCCCCGCAUCAUCAAGCCUGUGCCCAGGAGGCCCGAACAGUUCCUAAGAAAACCUCCGUCGAAACUUGCGCAGCCUCCUAGAAGAGGGCUGAUCGAAAUCUUCAAAAGAAAGGGAUACAACAACAUACUGAGGAGCCUGGAAGAGCAGCUCGGCCCGGGAAGCGUCUCUUCAGACACUGAGAGAAACAUUACCAGAUCUUUCCGAGUCCCUCCAUUGCACUUCGCUCCCGCAAGACGCGGAGAGAGUAAUGCUUCUUCCGUUUCUCAGAGAAACCCCACAAACACAUCUUCCAGCUUUGCAGAGGAAGGUGUCCCUCACCAGAUCUUGGGUAUAUCACCGAGGGAAGUGGAGGACAGCAUUACCGUGUCGAAUGACCCUGAUGUUGUCCUGAGCAAUCUUCCAGCAAGCCAGAGCGGAAGAGAUUCCCGUCAGUUGCUCGCAAGAAAUGCGCCCGCUUAUCUUGUUCCUCAUUCCAGUGAUUCCGUUUCUGUUUGGGUUAUCAUGAGCGGAGGGGGAGACGGCUUGGAGUCGGCCUCACUGGUCCGUCACGGCAGCGGCGGUGGAAGGAGCUACAUGUCGGAAGGGGGCAUGUUGAGGGAGAAUGAAGGAGGAGGAGGAGGAGGAGGAGGCGGCGGGGGCGGCGGUGGAGGAGGAGGAGGAGGUAGAGGAGGAGACGGAGGUAUUGAAGCAGUGGACGAGCUCGAUUACGUCGAAAGUGAUGCUCCGUUAUUGUCACAGUUUCACGAAGAUGCCAUUCAGCAGGCAGGAACGGGAGCCUUCCAAAGAAUCCUACUGCUGGUGGUAGGUCUAGGCCUGGCGGCAGACACCAUCGAACUCUUCGUGGUGGCCUACGUCAUCCCGUCGGCGGAAGUGGAGCUAUGCAUGUCUGGCUCGGAUAAAGGAUGGCUCGCCGCCAUCACCUUCGUGGGCAUGAUGAUAGGUGCCAUGAUCUGGGGCAGCCUCAGCGACAACGUGGGGCGCCGCAGGGCACUCCUGUCUGCCCUCUUCGUCAAUGCCCUCUUCGGCGUCAUGACGGCGUUCAUGCCCACCUACGGCAUCUUCAUGACGACCAGACUCUGCUCGGGGAUUGGCAUCGGCGGAGGAAUCCCCAUCGUCUUCGCCUACUACUGCGAGUUCGUGAGUCGAGCUGAGCGCGGGCGUCACCUCUCUUGGCUGCUGGUCUUCUGGGCCAUCGGGGGCGUCUUCACGGCCCUCAUGGCCUGGGCCAUCAUCCCAAGGACGGGCAUCACAGUAGUGCUGGACGAACAACACCACUUCAGCUCAUGGCGCGUGUUCCUGGUGGUGUGUUCCCUGCCCUCCUUCGCCGCUGUUACCGGCUUGUACUUCAUGCCCGAGUCUCCAAGGUUCCUCCUCGAGAAGGGAAGGGAUGUCGAAGCCAUUAUGGUCUAUAAGAAAAUCUUCAAAUGGAACAACGCCCACAAUCCGGGAGCCGAAUACCAAUUGUCGGAGUUGGAACUACCCUCCGGUACCCAGAGGCAAUUACGUCACCCUGCCCCCCAAGGGGUGGGCAAGAACUUCAUCACCGACCUCUCCUACGGUCUAGAUCAGUUUUGGGGCCUCUUCCUUCAGCUCUUUCUACCACCAUACCUGAAGACGACCCUCAUACUGCUAGUAAUCUGGUUCACCUGUGCGUUUGGAUUCUACGGCCUGUCUGUGUGGUUCCCCGAAUACAUCAAGCUGCUGAAGAGCGAAGCUUACGACAAGGAUGCAGAAAUUGUCUAUGACCAGGCGUACUUCGAAGAUGUGUUCAACCAGAGUCGGUACGACAACGUGCACUACAGGGAGAGCAUCUUCAACAAGGUCAACUUCACCAAGGCUGUCUUCAACCACGUCCUCUUCAUCAACUGCACCAUCCGCGACUGCCUCUUCUCGGACAUUAGGUCGAGUAAGACCUUCUUCAGGAACAGCGAGCUCAUGAACAACACAUUCGUAGACACGGACUUCUACGAUUACCGGUUCCAGGACUGCCUGAUGGUCAAAAAUACCUUCCGAGCCCUUGUCCCUGGAUGCACCCUGGAUUUCGACUACAACAUCCACUACAAGGAGGUGUUCCAGGAGAACCUCAUUGGCCAGCUGACUAUCAUUCCAGGGACUCUGGUCACGUCGCUCCUCAUGGACAGGAUUGGCAGAGUUCGGAUUAUGAGCACCUCCAUGAUCCUGUCGGCGAUCUCAGCCUUCUUCAUUUGGUUCCUUGACAGCAAGAUUGGCAUUAUCGUAUUCGAGGCCGUUUUCAACUUCAUCUUCAUCUCUGGCUGGAACGCUCUGGACAUCGCGUCGACUGAGGCCUUCCCUACACAUAUCAGGACUACAGCCUACGGCUUCUUGAGCGCCGCCUCCAGGAUAGCAGGCGUGUUGGGCUCGCUCUGCUUCGGCCAGUUCAUUUAUUCCAGCCGUGCCAUUCCCAUGCUAACCACCACCGCUGUCCUCCUCUUCGGAGGAAUGGUAGCCCUCAAACUCCCGGAGACGAGGGAGAACCUUCUAUAGGUAGAUUCGCCUGUCAGCUUCCCUUCGUUCCAAGUCUUAGACGUUUAUUCGGUAUACUCAAAGGACCUGGAAGAGUUGAUCUCGUUCCAGGAACUCCUUUCAGUCUGCAGGACCAGAAUUGAGUUCAGUCUUUCCAGUUUUAGUGAGGCAUUUCUGGGGGUGGGGCGUUUUCUGCAGGUUCUUUUGAUCUGGGGGUAGGGGGGGACCGCUUUUUCUUCUCUUAUUUUUCAGGAAUGUCAGUCUUCUGUUGUUGCACCAUCACUGGGUUAAAACCGAGCAUUCCAAAUACAAGUCAGCUACAAUCAAGUAUUUGGAAAUAGGGUGGGGAGGGUGAAAGUUAAGGGGGUUUGUUAUCGUGAGCUUGGAGAUGGCCAUAAACCAUUACGCCAUUGAGUGGCUUAAGGCGUUAAAUCCAUAUUAAAUUUAACUACUGUUCGAAAUGCAUCAUGAAUAUUGAUUUCACCCGCUAACUUCAGGCGUAUAUAGCUUGGAAUAAAUAGCGCUUAUAAAACAGAAGCAAUAGAACAUACGUAAAAACUCCCAGAUCACAGAAUUUGCAGAAAACGCCAUUCAAGUAGGAGAAAUGGCGGCACUGCUUAGUUGUUGAGAGAAUUAAGACACGAACCAAAAGCAGAUUACGAAGAGAAGCUUUGUUGAAUAUAUGUUUUCUACAAGCAUUUCUCUUCUGGAACCUGCAGAAACGUUUCAAGGCGGUUAUGCCAUUAAAGCCUGUCUACAUUAAUCUAGUCAGUGGUACGAAAGUUAGGUCUAACAAGCUGGGUAAUUAGGAGUGAGGAUCGCGUAGACGACCGCCAUAGAUCUUGUUAGUGUGAUAUCUCAUAUAGACUAUCAUUGUAACAUAAGAACACUAAUCUCUCAAAACUUAAGUGUCAGUUGUGUAAAAGGUAAACAAGAUGCAAAAUUAUUUGUCCCAGUCGAAACGUGAUGUUGUGUAUCCCAUAUUCUAAAGCCAUUUGUAAAGAGACUAACGAGUCACGAUGGACGGUGUCGUCAUUUAGUACGCCAGCAGCUAUCAACAUUGUAAACGUUGUGCUUCGAUGUUCUUGUGGUGUGGAAGCCGUUUAUGUUAUGAUAUCUUCCAGGAAACUCAUCAAGAAACGUUUGUAACUGCGUCUAGUGGAUUUUGAUUGACGCAUAUCAAUCAUGACGCCUGCAGUUAUAUGUUGUCUCCGCAUGAAAUUUUGUUGAGUCUGUCCCAUGCUGAAGUCGUCAACAUUGUCCGACUUGACGCCUGCGCACUACUUUGCCUCGAGAUGUAAACAAGUUUUCCAACUCUGUGACUGUGCAUACUUUAGCAAUGUCAGCAUGAGAGGGCAUAGCCGCAUGGUAAGGAAUAACAUUACGGAACAUGUUAUGUGUUAUUUGGGUAUAACCAAUUUGUGAUAAUGACGCUAGUCACUGAAUUUUGUUAUUCUUAUUUAAUUCACUUACAAGAAGGGUUUUAUAUGUAUAAUUAUAUACACGUACUAUAUGUGCAUUAUAUAUAUAUAUAUAUAUAUAUAUAUAUAUAUAUAUAUAUAUAUAUAUAAUAUAUGCAAUAGCCAUACAUUUUCCCAAUGUCAUCAUUCAGUUCGAUUUGAUACCAAGGACUUUAUUAGCAAGAGCCCGUGCCAAUGCAAAGCAUACGCAGAUAAGUUUUUUUUUAAUUCAUUUUCGUUCUUUUCAUUCCAGGGUAAUAUAUUUAGUUAACUGUAUCUAAUAGAUGAAUCUAUAAAGAACUAUUGAGAUUUCUCUACCUGGCAAAUUAACACUUAUGUUCCCGCCUGAGAAUUGUACUGACGGCAUAAUUGGUUGGAACAAUUGACCACUUAUGAUUAACCAUCCCAUAAUUCGUUGUGACCUGUUGCUCGGAGUAACUUGGUCCGAAAAUUCCAGUGUGGGAAAAGGAAUUAAAGAAAAAUGGACUAUACUCGAGAAAGAUAACAUAUAGAAGUUAUACACGUAGGCGUCCAUAAUGGGUCAUUGAAUUAUUUCCAUUCAGAAGAUGUAGCGGCUGCGCCUUAGACAUAUAAUAAGGUAGUCAGAAGGGUUAUUGCACAUUUGAUCCAGAUUGGUCUAAAAAGAACCAGGUUGACAAGUUUUCCGUUAUCCUCUUAUGAUGGGAAUUCCGUUAUUCUCUUAUGACGGGAAACAGAAAGUACAUCUCAUUUCCACAUUCUCUUCAUGCAAAACGAGACAGAUAUAGGAACGCCCUCGUUGUGAAUGCGAAAAACGGAAGCCAAAAAUUCAGGUCGUGACGAUUCCGGGAGUCAGUUUGAAGAACAGCCGUUUUCUUCUUGUUUAAUAGACGAACAGUGACGAGGAUGCUUUUACCCUUAUUUCGAUUUCGUUAGGCGGAUGGAAAAUAAAGAAUAAGGCUGAUCUCGACCAUUAAUAAACGCGUAGUAACAGAAACGACACAGGUAAUCUACGUCUCCAAACUCAGGAGCAUUGAAUAACAGCUAAUGCUUAUAACGGAGAUGUGAGCCUGUUGCUCUGCGGUGGCGAUCUUUCGAUUUUAGUGCAGACGUUUCGUUAGUCGUUCCUAAACCCUUAGGUGUGAGUCGUUGGUGUAAGUUCUUGUGUAUAAUGGAUGCUGCUUUUUCUCGCAAGGAAAAUAAAAGUUGUGUGGUUAAUAUGCCAAUCUAUAUAUAAUGAUUAUAACUACUGUGUGUUUCGAUUCGUCUGCAUAAUAGCAAGUGAGGAGAAUAUUGUUAAAUUACUCGCAUGAUUUGUAUCCUAUUCUUGAGACUAAAGUAAGAGAUGAGAAAUUCUCUCUCUCUCUCUCUCUCUCUCUCUCUCUCUCUCUCUCUCUCUCUCUCUCUCUCUCUCUCUCUGUAUGAGGUGUCCU